AUGUUAGAUGAACAAAUUGGCCAUACCGUGGAGGCCUACAUUGAUGACCUUGUCGUCAAAAGCAAGAAGGAAUCCAACCACCUCCGAGACUUGGCGGAAGUCUUCGACAUCCUCAAACUCCACAAGCUACGGCUAAAUCCUGAAAAAUGCGCGUUCGGGGUGAGCGCUGGAAAAUUCCUCGGACACCUGGUCACUCGAAGAGGACAAGUCCUUGCGGACUUCAUUGCUGAGCUUACUCCACAAGACACUAAACUUCUCAACACACUCAUCCCAACUCCCACCGUCGCCGAGCAUCAAUUGUCACCGAAACCUUGGCACCUUUUUCAAGGUGACAUCUGGCGUCUACAUGUUGACGGAGCAUCCAACAGCAACGGUGCCGGGGCCGGGGUCGUCCUAGUCUCCCCCUGUGGAACACUACACGAAAGUGCUAUCAGCAUCGACUUCCCCGCCACCAAUAACGAAGCUGAAUAUGAAGCGCUCCUAGCUGGCUUGCGCUCUGCGGUUGCGAUGGAAAUUUCCAACCUUGUUGUUUACUGUGACUCUCAACUCAUAGUUAACCAAGUACUGGGGGACUAUGAAGCUCGGGAUCCGCGGAUGUCAAAAUACCAGGCAACCGUAGCAGAACUAAUCACCCACUUCCCAAAUUUCAAAAUCGAACAGAUCAACCGCGAGCACAACGCGCAUGCCGACGCACUCGCUGGCCUUGCCUUAGCUUCGAAAGCAACAGAAUUUCGGACAAUCAGCUUCGGCAACAUGGACCACCCAAGCUUUGAUACCACACCAAAGGUUCUCAACGUUGAACUGGGCCCAAGCUGGAUGGACGAGAUCAUUGCGUUCCUCAAAAAUGAUACUCUGCCGGCAGACAAGAAGGAAGCUUAUCGUAUCAGGAACAAAGCCGCUCACUACUGGCUCUCUGAAAGCGGCCAACUUUACAGGAAAUCUAUCUCCGGGCCAUACCUACACGUGGUCCACCCAACACAGCCCGCCCAGAACCUCUCUCCUAUCACCAGCCUUUGGCCCUUUGCACAAUGGGGGCUCGAUAUUGUCGGAAAACUACCAACAGCUCCAGGUGGAUUCAAUUUCUUAAUCACCGCAACAGACUACUUCUCCAAAUGGGUGGAAGCCAAGCCUCUUGUAACAAUCACAGAGGCUGACGUUCGCAGAUUUGUCUGGCGGAACAUUGUUACCAGAUUUGGAGUUCCGUACGCCAUCGUAUCAGAUAACGGAAGCCAAUUCGUCAGUAAAGACCUGACAAGCCUCUGUGACGAAUUUGGGAUACGCUUCUUCAACUCUACUCGUGCAUACCCACAAGGGAAUGGACAAGCCGAAGCAACAAACAAGACCGUCUGCGCCGGGAUCAAGCGCCGGAUUGAGAAUUUUGAUCCAAAGACUAAUGAAGAAGCCGUACAACAAGAAUUGAUCCUGGCAGAAGAAAAACGCGACGACGCUCAGCUAAAGCUCGCCGAAUACCAGCAACAAGUGGCAAGAGGCUACAACCGAAGUGUUCGAACCAAGACCUUCAAACCAAACGACUUGGUCUGGCGAAAGGUGGUGCAAGCUAAAUGA